ACCGCGGCUGUACCACAACGCCCAUCGUGUCCCGCGCUUGCAAGAUGGUGGCGCCCAGUGGCGGCUCGGGCCCGGACAGCGAUACCAGCUCGGACUCGGACAGCGCUGGCGAAGCGGCCGCGCGGUUCCGGGAGGCUGCCUGGGACUGCGCCGCGCAGGCGGCGAUGGCGACGCGGGCGGAGCCGCGCGGCGGGGGCUUUAGAAAGGAUCGGUUGCAGCCUAAAGAUCAGCCAAACCUGAGGCGUGAGGCGAUCAGCUGUGAGGAUGGUGACAAUGAGCUCCAGACGACUCCAGAGUUCAGAGCACACGUUGCAAAGAAACUGGGAACUAUGCUAGACAGUUUCAUCACUGUCUUGAAGGACUCAUCAGGACCAUCACAGACUUUGGUGGCACAGUCUGACUCUGAAGAUGAUGGUUUUCGCCUCUUUUCUUCCUCUGUCCCUGGAGACUGCGGGAAACCGGAGCCUUGCCCUGCAGCAAGGAGGAGGCGGCCAGUUAGCUCCAGUGACACAGACAAUGACCAAGAGUGGCAAAGGUACCAGGAGGCUGCCGUGUCAGCUGCAGAUAUUCUGAAGCAAAGUGCUUUUCCUGCAUUGUCCCAGGGUUCCAACCAGGAUCAGAGUCAGGGUUAUGUAGAGCACAGCCAGAAAAAAAAGAAGAAGAAGAAAAUUAGGAGAGAGAACAAUAUUCAAGAGAAAAUAAUGGACCCAGCGGAGUGUGACCAGAUCUGCAAAGAUUUGCCUCGGUUGGUGUCUGCAAAUGGCCAGCAGGAGAGACAGGACAGCAAUCACAGAGAGAACUCAGUGCUGCCAGGAGCUGUGAAAAAGAAAAAGAAGAAGAAGAAAAAAGAAUUAUGAUUUUGCUCUGGAAAUGGCAAGUGGCUGUGAUGGAUGAAGGAAACCGAAAGAAAACCUAACAAGAGUUGCUGCAGAUGAGGGAAAAUUAAUUGGCAAAGCUUCUGUUCUGAAAGCCCAGUGGCCUGAGAGACUAAUGAAGUGACUUCCUGUGCUGUUGGCGUCCCCAAGGAAGGGAACAUUGUUCUCCUCACACAGCAGUUGUCUGUGCUGCUGCUUAUGCAGGCCCAAUCUAAAAGGAUUAAAUACUGUGCCAGACUUGCAUGGCAGAGGGAUGUAAUCAUAGCUGCAUCCCUCCUGGUCUGUUCCUUCACAUCAUGAAACCCUCCUGGGGAAAGUAUAUGAUGAAUUGAAUUUAGCAUUGAAUUGAAUGGCAACAGGUGAUCAACUCCUUUUUCUCUUUGCCUCCUUGUAGACUACUGAGAAUAGCUCCAGCCCCUGGGAGACUCAUUUAUCAAAAGCAUCUUGUCAAAAAUCAGGGCCCUUAUUUUUUCCCUGCGAUCAUCAUAACAAUCUGUUUUUGAAACCUGCUGUGUUACUAAUCCCUCUGCAAUCUGCACCUCGCCAGGGCCCCUACACAUAAACAGUGUGGUGAGCUGAUUUCAGGGUUGUUAUAAAUGCAUCCUACUGUUCCAGUUGUGUCCAUUGAAAAUUUUUUUCAUGUAUAGGGUUUUUUUAAUGGCAUCUGUUGUUAUUAAAUUUUACUACACUCUUGGACUUACUUAAUUUGAUAGGUUUUGUACAACAGUGACUUUCUUGCUGUAUUCAGAUUCUCGCCAGCAGAGAUAGAGGUGGCUCAGGAUGGCUCUUUAGUUGCUGGAUGAUCAAUGCUAUGAAAGUGCUGCAGGGAGGACUUAAGCCUAGUUUAAAAAGCACCUUGCUGUCCUUGUUUGGGCUAGUUAAUGACUUUUGUCUCUCUGAAAUACUGUGAGGUUUGGUAGUUUUCAGUAUGACAGUCUGUUUAUACUUCCAGUCUUUCAGGAAAUUAACUGUUAUUGAUAAAUAAUUCUGUUUUUAAGAUUGUUGGGUUUCAGUAAAUCACAUUUAUUGGCUCAGUUCAGGAGACCAGAACACCAGAUUAGAGAAACCAAAAUAGUGAAGUGUAGCUCUUUGAGCAUGGGAAAUUGUAAGAUUCUUGCUGGUUUUUAGUCAAGAAAACACAGCUGGCAUCCAAAAAUAGAAAAGCUAAGUAGAAACUUGGCUUGUAAUCUAACAGAAUGUGCCAGCAGAAGUUAUUUGUCUUAUGUGCAGUUAAAACUUCAGUGUACUGAAGUUUAAACCUGGGCUUUCAAAUGCAUGGUGGCCUAAACAUUUCCUUUUGCUUUGUUUUGGGUUUAUUUUUAUGCUAACUGGAAGUUAGAUAUAUUUGCAACUGAUGUACAUGGGAAAUUGGGAAACAAUUCUAGGGUAAAAUUCCUCAGAGAAUCUAGUUACUGAAAUUGUUGAUGGUAUCUAGAGGAAGCUCUUAUCAAUGAAACUUUUAAUGGACAUACGCAAUUUUGACAUUCCCAGAUACGGUAACUGAAGAGUUCACUGUUGGGCUUUUUCAAUUCUCCCUUCUAGUCUCAAGGUUUUUCAUCCAUUUCACAGUUGAAAGAGUAGCUCAGUUUCAAUCACAAAGACAAAAACCUGUUAACUGGGGCUUUUUUCACAUCUGGCUAAUGGUGUAUCAGUGAUGUGGAUGUUGAGAAUAAAUAGAGAGGAAUAAUUAGAAGAGGAAUUGUAUAAGUAGAUCCUUGGGACUAAAACCCUUCACUUAGUGCAAGCAAGACUCUUAGACCCCAGGGCAGUUAUUUGCAUAUCGAGAACUACAAAUCAAGCCUACAGGGAAGCUGAGAAUGAACCAUGUUCUGUAAAAUGAAUCCAGGCUGAGUGUUCAUAGAGAAAAGUGAGGGAACCUCUACUCUCUGGGGAGCAUGGGAACCUCCCAGGUGCUGGACAGCAUCAGGGACCCAGUGGGGAAUGCCAUUCUGCAAAUCAUUCAACAAGUCACACAAAUGAGAAUCUGUGGGGUUAAUGCAGAGAACUGGAAUCUCCUUGCAGCUGUUAAACUUUAAUUUCUGCAUUUAAAACAAAGCAGAGCUAUAUCAAAAACAACCAAGCCAUUUCCACUGGGAUAGCAUGAUUUUAGAGCAGGUCGUUUUCAACUGACAGUGUUUGGUAUUUUGGUAGUUAAUUAAGGAUUUGUAGCUUGUCAGUGAUCCCAUACUGACAGGUUUGUGCCAAGCCAUUCCCAAAUCUGUUUCUUGGUUAUUCUCAUUGCAAAGUCAGGAACCUCCAAGGUGCUGUUAUUUCUCAUAGUUCUUGUUGGGUGCUUCCUUGCAGCAAAGGAGGAGAGUGUUUAAAGGUGGUGUCCCUUCUUUGGCAGCUCAGCUUUGCUCUUUCCCCCAUGAUUUAGUCUGGUGUUGGCAGGUUUGUACAGGCCCAGCUUGAGCUGAGCUGAAUGAAAGUCCCAUGUAUGCCCUGGCACUGUUGAGAUUCCUUCUUGGGCAGCCACAAAAGGAUGUCUGACCAUUCUGAGCUGGCUCCUGGGGUUUAGGUUUGCUGUUUUGGGGGAGGGUGGAGGCAGUGGAUUUUAGCAGUGCCAGCAUCAUCUUUCCAUGUUCUCUGUCUUGAGCCUGAGACGUUUUCUCUCCUGGAGGCAGCUGAGUAGGGGUUUGUGUGAGGCAGUGGUGACAGUGGUGGCAAACACGGCUGGAGUUGCACCUGGUGGGUUGGUCAUGCCAGUCACUCAUGAGCUACUUGUUGUGGUUACUGGCUGGAAGAUGCCAUCUGUGUAGAGAUGAAGGUCUCGAUGACAUUGUGAGUGGAUGGCAGCAGCUGGCUGUGGCUGUUGGUGGAGUCGGAGCUUUGGUACAGCACCAGGCUGCUGGAGGACACUGUCAAAGGUACAGGCAGAAGUCAAUUGCAAAUUCUCAUCAGUCCCCUUAUUGUGCAUGUACAACCCCCCAUUUCCAGCAUGGCUGCACUCUCCUGGCUUAGGGGCAUAACUGCUUUUGUCUGAGUGUUUUGUGUACUGCUAAAUACCUGGCUUGGCUCCACAGCCAGCCUGAAAACAUUGAGGGCAGCAAUCUCCAGAGAGUUCAGUUCUAAGAAUUCUAGCUGAUGUCCUAGUUCUCCCCUUAGAACUGAGAAGACCCAGUUGAAGUCUUCGUGAGGGAGUCUUGGGCUUCUCAGCCCUGAAAACUGCCUGCAGGACUGGGUACUCACUGACACUGAUUUUGUUGAUAUUUUUCAAGAUAUUUUCCUUUCUGGAUUCUGAAGGGGCUAAUUUCCACAGUCUGGCCUUACACAGACUCUGCUCUGAGUCUUUUCCUUAUAUCAACUUUUUAAACCCUUCAGGACACUGGCAGAGUCCUUUUAGGGAAUUGUGAGCCCCAAUUACCAUUUUCUAACUGGAUUUUACAGUGUUGUCAAGAAAAACUAGGCAAUACGUGGCUGAAGAGCCACAAUAGUGGCUGCUGCUCUUACCAGCAGGGCUCGAGGUGAGACGUGGGCCUGGCUGAAGGUGCUGGAUGGUUGUGUCUUGGUUCUGUAGAUGGAUUGUUGGUGCCUGUGACACUGGUGUGUGCAUCCCAGACUCGGUGUGAGUCUCCGAGUCAGGUGUGAAUGCCUAGAGAAAAGAGAGUUAAUAGUGCCUGGCUGCUACAUCCCUUCUAACAGGUGUGAGAGAAAAGUUGAGCAGGUGCAGUUUCUGGGGAGAUUAAAUACUCGUUGAUGAUGCAGUGAAGAACUUGCUCUAAUGCCUCCAAUACUGCAGCUGGUACCAGCAAGGCCAGGCAAUAAGAAAGAUGCUCCUGCUGGGAUGGCUUAGACACGCCCAAAAACUCUUUGACAUGCAAGGAGCGGUCUUCAGACUGGUGCAGCUCUCAGGUGGGGGAACAAAGGCUAAAUAAAGGCUUACCUGUUUAGUUGGUGUCAGGCUGGUCAGGGCACUGAGAUUGGCUGUAUCUGUUAUCACCAUGGUUUGUGGUAAGAGGCCUGUGUGUGUAUAUUGGGUCACUUCAGACUUGGGGCCAUAGAGAGCUGUACAUGAAAGAAAACAACAUCAUAUGGAUGCUGGAGCUUUGGUUGAGUUGUUCUCCUCAUGCACUGGGACCUGCUGUCUGUCUUCAAAGUGCUGCGAGUGGAGGGACAGGGAGAUAAAUACAAUUGAAAAAUAAUUUCAUAAUGAGAGUGACAAUAACAGAGGAGGAAAACAGUGCUGUAAGCCCAAGGACCCAGCAAAUUCCACCACUGUUCCACUGCUUGGGAACCUGUCUUUAUUUUUGUUUACUUGAGCAAAUGAGUUCACAUUCUUACCAUGAGGGUUCUGUAUCUGAGCCAUGGUGGCCAUGAAGGGGCUCUGGUUGAUGUGACUCUGGACUUGCUGCAUGAGGGGCUGCUGGUAGGAUGGGUGCAGUUGCUGCGAGAACUGGACAGGCUGCAGGGUAGUGAGGCUGCUCCCCAUGCUGUUUAUUACAGGAACACUCUGGGGCUGGGUUGAGGCCAGGCCUGGAAAACAAGGACUGAUGCCAGUGGUGUCCCACACUUCAGGAGGAGUGUGGCUGCUCUGCAGUAGGGGCAUCUGAAACGGUCAUUGUGGCAGCCUGGCACUGCAGGGUGAUUUCAGAUCCUGCUUUUCAGGUGUUCCCUUGGUUGUCUGUGAUUAAGAAUAGAUUUCAUGCGUGUGAGAGUGAAGUGGAAAUGUGCAAAAACUGCAUAAACCCAUCUCUGGUUUCCAGUGUUUGUUCCUGUCUACAUCUUUGUGUGCCAGUAUAGCCCCUUUUCCAGUUAGUGAUCACUGAGGAGGCCUUGCUCAGAAAUAAAUUCAGAGCAUCACCUCAGUGCCCAGUUAAUUCUACUCAUUUUAUGAAGUUGGCAACAGAGAGAACUAGGCUGUAGCUGUCCAGCCACAUGAAAUGGAGUUUAAAUUCUUUUUUGCUAGGGCUGCCAAAUUAAGGAAUUUGAAUCAGUGAGGUUUCACACAUUACUGCCCAUUUCCCACAACUGUCCCGACCCUGUUCCUGUAAAUCAGCAGGUCUCUCCAGCACUCCAGUUUCUUGGUUUUUUUUUUUUUGCACAGAAUUAAAAUCUAUAUCAUAAUCUUGGGAAGAAAUGGAAAUUAGUUCACAGCUGUCACUAUGGAACAAAACAAGGCCUCUUUCUUCCUGGGAAGAAAGUGUAAGAGAAGUGUACAUUUUAUUUUCAUUUCUCUCAUGAGAUGCACUUUGGCAAUAGACUAGUCUUGGAAUGAAAAGAAAUCUUAUAAAAGUCCAGAAAAAGCUGUCAAAGUGAAAAAUACAAAAAAACAGUAAUUACUGCUGUGGAUUCCAAAGGCAUAUGCUGCUCUUCACAGGAAGUGGAACAGGAUGUUUUGUCUUGCAAGCACUAUGAACAUGCUUCAAUUUUCAUCGUUUUAAGGAAGUACUACAUUUAUACUUGGAAAGAUGAAGAGCAGCAAACCAAAACAUCGGCAUCGGAAUAGAUUGUAAGAAUCUUAACUCUUAAAACGUGAGUUUGUGUGUAGUUUAAUUGUGAUGUGAAUGAGGAACAUCUGUCCUUAAUAGCUGUGGUACUUGCAAACAGUGCAGCUGAUCUUUGGUGACGAUUUCCUUGGGUUUGUAUCACUGCCAGCUUAGUGAUAAGGCUUUGAAAAUGGGGCUGGUAAUUGUAACAACUAGAGGCAGCUGUUCUGUGAAUGCUGGAAGCAGAGUCACUGCAGCCACUACUCACCGAUCACCAGGGUGGAGGCUCCUGUGUUGGUGAAGGCGGGUGCCAGGGAUGGGGUCUCGCUGGCCCCGAUUGCCAUGACCCCUGGCAGGGAUGCCAUGAUCAGGUUCUGGGUCUGCUGGCUCAGCGUGUGUGGGCUUUGCUCUAGGCUGUGCAGGGCAGUCAGGGUGCUGACAGGAGGGAGAGUUCCUCCAGGAGCUGAUACCUGUGGGAAAGGAGAACCCUGAACGUGGCACCUGCAGCAGGCUACUCCCAAAGCUGUGAUAAACACCUCUCUUGCUGCCUGCUCUUCUCCUUGGCUAACUGGAAAGGCUUCACAUAUCCUUGUCUGCAUUUUCUGUGUGCUCAUCAAUUAACUAGCACAGAUCAGCUGUUGACAUACUAAGAGUAAAUCCCUGCUGGUUUAGUUCUUUCACAUUUAAGAAAUCGUAAGAAUGAGAUUAAGCCCACUGCAUUCUCUAUAGGGAAAGAUCAUCUUCUGUUCCAUGGCUGAGGGCAGAAGGUGAUGCUCAGAGAAAUUAAGAGGCUCAGGUAACUUUACAUGGUAAUUCUAGUGGCAGAGUUCAGCAUGGAAUCCAGGCGUUCCUCUUUCCUUUAGAGACCUGUAGUCAUAGUAUUGUGGAAGAGCAAAAAAGCAUUCUAAUGAUUUGGCUGAUAGAGAAAGUGAAGUGCCUUAUAUUAUACUUUUUUUCUCUCCCCUCAGACAAAAAACUGUAAGGAAUCUCUAGUAAGAAUAAGCAACAAGAGGUUAAACAGUGGGACAAACAACCUUAAUAUCAGGUUUAGAAGACAGACAUAGAAGAUUUUCAGGACCUCAUUAAAGACUGACUUACUUCAGCCAGAGACCAGAAAGCCAGCAAAGUGAGUGACUGAUGAGAUUUAAAUAAUACUUAUUUUUGGUGACUUUAACUUUGCCUCAGGCCAACCUGCGCUAAUGCAAACUUCUGCUAACUGUUUCCCUGAAAGCAAGGUAACAUGUGCAAACUGAAAAUGAUCAGUCAUGUAGUUCUGGUGCUUUGUUGUUAAUGAUGUGGGAAAAGGUCUGGUCAGAUCUCAGAAGGAAAUUGGCUUUGAAGAGGCAAUCUAGUUAUCCAGUACAUGUCUGCAUCCAGUGUUGGCCUUCAUUUUUACAGGUAAGAUAGACAUAAGUAUGGAUCUGUGUUCUGGUAAUCCCACUGGUUUGAUCAACUCUCUUGAGAUGGGUAGAGUUCAAAUGACAGACAUGAGAUGAGAAUCUCUCUGUGGAAAGGAUGAGAGAAUAUGGUUUCCUGGGAAGAAGGGAAUCUUGUCAUACCCUGAGUGGUGUGUUUCUGGAACAGACUGUUUUAAUUGCUCAUAAGGAAAUGUCUUCUUGCUUUCAUGCUCUAAUACCUGCCCUCACCACAGUCUAGAGGGGCACGUGUAUCUCAGGACUAUUGAUCUUACAUGGUCAGUGCAAAGUGACCCUAAUAUAACGUACCAUUACAUAGCAUUGUGUAACAAUAUGUUACAUAUGAGUAUGUAACAUAAGAAGGUGGGUUUAAGAACAUUCCAAAAAAAAUACUCGUGAAUAGUUCAUAUUAUGACCACAGGCAGAUGGCCUGACAUCUUCCAGUCAGCAGAACUGAAGUAUCCAUCACUUACCAGCUUAGUGUCUGUGCUCAACAGGUUCUGGCUGGGCUCCAGUCCAGGGGGAGAAACCUGAUGCAGGAUGGUUUGGGUGGUCACCAUGGAGCUGUUCCCGUGGUGGUUGCUGCUGGAGGACUCUGCCUCGCUGGCUGGCUGUUGGUUGUACCUCACCCCUGCAUCACAACAGGAGGGAAACUGAUUGUUACAAGUGAGAAACUGAGAAACUUAGGCAGGCAUGAAAUUCAGUUUCCUUUUUGGGCACUUGCCACAGGUGUUUGGGCAGAUAUUAAUGGUCAAUAGGGGAACCAGAAGAACAGGCAUUCUUGCACCCUGCCCUGACUUUCCCCUGUAAUUUGGUGUAACUGCUUCCUCAAAUACUGACUGGCUGUGAAUGCUGCAGGGAGCGAGCAGGGUUCACUGGAAACCACCCUUCUGGAUGUGGCUGUAGAGAGGAGUCUUGGUGAGAUCAUCUCUUCCCAGACCAAGAGCAACCCCCAGCUCUGGCCUAUGAAGUUGAAAAAGCUGUGCUCUUUUUGGAUGGAGAAUGACUUUUCCUCAUGCCUGAAAACUCUGUCACAGAGUCCAGUGGGGCCGGUAUUGAAGGGGGUAAGGGGCACACAUGACUGAAAGGGCAUGGAACUGAUUUCUGAUAUGCAGCGUUGACUCCUGGAACGGGAAGUUUGGGAUCGCUGCCUGCCAGCUAGGAGGCCUCAAAAUAAGUGAGAGGCUUUGGCUGUGGGUUUUGGUACUGAAUUUUAUCACCCUUGACAUUCUAGCCACCCUCCUCACUCAGAGACAUGGUCUCUUUGUCACCUUUGCUCUUCCCUUAUAGCAAAUCUGCUUUUUCUAUCUGUUGAUUCAUUUCCUAAAGGGCUGGACUUAGGAGGCAGUGUGGGUGACUGAGUUUGGGGAGAUUCACACCUCUUUCAGAUCUCCCUCUGGUUGUUUCUUACCGUGAACUUUGCUGGGUGAGAGAGCAGGUGGUGGCUGGAGGGAGGAGGAGUUGUGGGGAGUUAGAGGGGGGGCAGAGGUGGGCUGUGGUCCGCUGAAGGUGUCCAUGGCCAACUUGUGCCGGAAAGCCUCCUCCUUCCUGCGAUUGGCAAACCAGUUGUAAACUCUGACCUCUGUCACCAGGUUUGAGCCCAGUCCCUGGGCCUGAGAUGGGGAAACACCUCUCUGAAUGCAUUCUGCCCUGUUGGGGAAAGCACAAGAAGAGCCUUGCUGAGCUGGGCUUAGUCAGAGACACAAAGUAAGUGCACAGCCCCAAAGUGGCUGUGGUCUGGCACACUGUGUGGAAGGGUCCUGCAAGACCUGAGGCAUUCCUUGUGCUCUGUGGACAAGGAAUGAUCAGUUGUGGCAUUUAAUUUAAGUGUGGCUGGUGUCAGUGGUGACACUCAGUGCUGUACCUUUGGCCUGCCUCCCAGUGGCACCAGCAAACACCAAGAAUGCAGAGGGACCCUGCUGUGCCCCUCUUCAUCAAAGACACACACCCACCCUUACCUGUUGCACUCUUCCACCAGUGCCUCCCUCUCUUCUUUGCUGGGGUUUUUCUGCCUCUCAUAGGCUUGGAACAGGAUCUGUUGUGAGGCAGGACCCCACUUAAAGCGGUUUCUUCUUCCCUUCUUGGUGGGCAGGUCAUCUCCCAUGGGCUCAUCUGUCAGUAUACCCUGGCCAGCGUGUGUGAAUUCUGCAAGCACAAAGGAGCAAGGGAAUUUUUUCCUUGAAAACAAUAGGGAGUAAGGACGAGCAAGGGAGAGCAGAGGCCUUUCUGAAACUGAGACAGGAGAGCAGUCGUUGCCAUACUUACGCUGGGCCACCUCUCGCUGCUUCCGGACGUACCAAGUAUACAGGGCUGCCCGUUUUUGGGUCUUCAUGGGAGUGCCCUUGUUAAGGUGUUGUGAGAGGUGGGAUUGGUUCAGACCAGUAGUGUCUACCACCUCACGCUGAGGGAUGUUGUGCUGCUGGAGGUAAGACUUCACCAUCUUUGCUACUCGCCAGGGAUCCUCUCUGGAAGGAACAGAAAGCACUUCUCAGAGGAGACAGAUCAAACACCUGCUCUCAGCAGACCUGGAUUUCAAGGAAGUGCAGUAGGAGCUCCUGAGGGGCACUUGUCAGUCAUCACCAUCACGUUUGGUGAGGCCAGAGUGUUCAUUGGCUGCAGGGGAGAAAGCUGUUCCUCAGUGUGCUACCUUGCUCAGUUUUGACUCUGCAUGGCAUUGGAAAUAAAGUGCAAAAAAAUGUAACACUGGCUUCCUUUGAACUGCUCUUUGUACACACUUCAGUCUGCCCUUAGGAGAGACUUCGGUUACCAGGGUAAUUUCCCAAAUACACAGAGGCAACCUCUCCCUUCCCUUUCCCCCCAUAACUUUUCUUCUCUAUCCCCCUCUCUUUAAGGCAUAUGGGGCAGAUGUACUAAGUUUUCCAAGACAGAUUGAUUGUGAUACUAGACUGAACUUGAUGCAUGCCCUGAUUGUGGUCCAGGUUGGGUUGCCUUGCAAUGAUUCAGCAAAUGGAAACAGGCUGUCAUUAUACUGCGACAUAACAGCUCUGUAUGCAUAUGUAUAUGACAAAUCAUCCAGGAUUGUGUUCUUACACUUCUGCUACGUGUUACUCAAACACAUUGAUUCACACCUAGAUCUACCCGGAGCUUCUAAAUGCAAUAUAGAACUACAGGCAAACCACUAAUACCCCCUAUUGUUUCCCUCCUUUGGGUAACAGCUGAGGGAAUAGAACUAUUUGACACCUGCUCACAAAAUCUGAGAAACGGUUUGGGAUUUUAUAAUUAAUGUGAAUCUCUGUUUUUUAUGAUCUCCAGUUGGAAUAUCCAUGAAGGUUCUUGAGGAAAAUAGAGAAAACACAACUGUGACUUUAUGUGUAUUGAUUUCACCACAGCUGAAAGUCACAGUAGAAAUAAAGAUGUGAAACCCGUCAGUCUAAAUCCAAACAGUGCCAAAGCACCUCUGCAAAAUAGCCCCUGGCUCACUUUGAACAAGAGCAUCCUUCUGUGCCUUCUGUGUGAAAUGUCUGGAGGAAAUGGUUUGCAGUGCUGUAGGAGGACGCUGGUGUCAUAUUCAACACCAGCAUCAAAGGAGCAGUAGGGAGAAAAAAAGGUACCUGGGAUUGUGCAGAAACUGUCACAAAAGCACACACAUCUGAGCAAUAGGCAACAACUGUGCUGUUCAUUGCUUUGUUGACUCAGGAGGUUGCCGGAGGCUGCACAGUGAUAAGGAGGACAAAGUCCACACCUGUUCUCUCAGUACAAACACCCUUAUCUCUGUUCCCCUGCAGCCCCUCUCCCAGUGGCUGCAUAGUCCAAGGAGCAAACUCCAUCGCAGUUAAAGUGUGACACGAAUGGUGUCAGUCACAGCUUUUUGAAGAACCUGCUUAAAAUAGAACAUUUGUUUCUCUUUUACAUUGGAGCACUUGCCAUAGAGGCUUCUGGUUUUCAGCAUCUUCCCUUAACCAUCUUUGUCUUUCAAAGGCUCAAAUUGAGCUGAAUUUAAGAAAGUUUUUCUUUCCUCAUGUGGUUUUUUUUGCUCCUGCUGCCUAAACCAGUCUCCUGCCUUUGUACUUGUGAUAGUCUGGCCAGCACCUGCACCCUGCAUUCAUUGUCCAAGUCCCUGUAUAGAGGAGAAAAUACUCUGACUGGGAAUCUGGUCUCUUAGAUUUGAGUUCUGGCUCAGAUAGGAAGAGGAAAGACUGUUGCCACUGAUGGAAGCCUCUAUUACGUGUUAGUUCCUUUUUGCACCCCAGUCGAGUCAGUUUUGUCUCCCCUGUUGACAUCUUCACUUUGUGGCAGGAAUAAACCAGGAAGUGUCUGUGAGUCUCUUCUCACAGUGGUUAAAGACUUGUGGGUUUUGUCAUCUUUUGACACAGCAGGGAGCUUUGUGAUGCAAAAUAGUGCAGGGAAUCUUAGUAUAGUGUGAUUUCCUAGGACAAUUGUAUGAAGUCCUGGUUACUUUGUACAUUGUCAAAGGCCAGUCUGCAAAAUCAAUGCAGCAAGUCCUUUAGGCCCAAGGCUACACCACAGUCCAAGUGAUGACAGUGUGGUCAGCUGAACCCUUGCCCAAAUCACAGUUCACCUGCAGAGCCUCCAUCACAGGCUAAGACAUCAGAAACCUGUUCUCUUUCACUGGCUAUAAGACUGUCAUUGACUGUGAGAGGGGAGGAUUUCACUCUAAACUGAGUUCUCCUGCUUGUUGUUAUAGUCAAAUCUCAAUUGUUUCAGACAAAUGGGUCUGCCUUACUCAAGUUCUCCUUCCUUAUCUCCAAGACUGUUUUCUGCCUUUCAGUUUCCCUUUUUCCCCAGAUGCAAGCUGUCUCCCCAGGGUCUUGUUCUCCAGGUCUAAUCUCUGUCUCCUAGUUGGUCUCACACAGGUAGCUUUACUUCCUUCUUCUGAAGUCUUGCUCUCCUGCUCUCAGUUGCUUAUUAAAAUGUGAGCAUAGCCCUUUCCUAUGGCUCAUCCCCACCACAGGGGCCAGGGUCCUCUCUCCAUGUCAGCUUCCCAUUUUCUUAGUUCUGAGGUCACUUUUUAAGGGCGUUUUCACCUCCCUUUUGUUACCUGAACAAUAAGUAACCCAGGUAGUUAGUUAUAAACUCAAAGGGAACAAGAGGCUGGUUGAUAAUUUAUAGCAAGAUCUCAAAUUUAAAUGGAAAGUGAGAGAAGCCUUCAGUUCCCUGAGGUGGGUUCUGAAUUGCUGCUUUGGACCAGACCCUGCUCAAACAGGUUCAGAGCUGUGAAGUGCUCAGGAUCAUCCCCUGGCCCUUUCCUCUGGAGCUGCUACAUAACUCAGUGCACAGCCUGGAGCCGGGCUAGGCAGAGGGAAGAUCUGGUCUUCGCUCAGAGCACCAUGUCCCCUCCCUGCAGGGCGUUAAUAAAGCUCUAAUGGAUACAGACGACUUUGUGUGGAGUAAAAAGAGUAAAAAAGGAGUAAAAAUUCCGAGUCCAUGUAAAAACAUUUAUUGCAAGAAAUAUUCAUGUGAACAUUAAAAAGACAACUUCAGCUUCUAAAGAUUUUUUGGGGUCAUACUCUUAAUAAAGAGUACUUCAAGAAUGUGAGCAUUUUUUGGCAUUGUACUGUCAGUGUGUUGAUACAAUUUUCACACAUUUUAUUUGUUAUUACAGUUUUCCUUUAUUUCCCCCCACCUCCCCCCAGUAGACAUGACAACAUCACUGGCUGAUAACAGUAAUUUUCAAUUGUAAUUAAAUAUCCAACCAUGACAUGCAGUUUCUGCAUGCUAUGUCCUUAUAAUUCAAGGAUUUUGCAAGCAGACACAACAGAUUGUGGAGCUCUUGCAGUAUGUGACAGAGGAGAUGUUGUCAUUCUGUGUUACUUAUUUCUGCAUCUCUUUGGCAUCAUGAUCUCUUAUAUAAACCAAAGUGGAAAAUAUUACCACUGUUCUUGUUUAAAAUAUUGUCAAUAUUCUGUUGGUAUAUAAACUGGUUGAAUGUUUGAGGGGGGAUGGGGACACAGACCAUUAAGGUUAAACAAAGAACAGCAAUAUUUGUCAAUGGAAACUGUAAAGAGAAGAAAGCAUAGCAACAAAUUAUGUCUAUAUUAUGUGGUUUCAAGGAUUCCUUAUGCACCCAAAAGUCCUGAUACUGCUGCUUGAAGACCUUCAGCUGUAGAAGCAUUUUUUGAAACCAGUGAUCUUUGAAGUCUAUAAAACCAGAAAUGAACAUCUGUUUGUAUGAUAGGACCUCCCUGAAUGCUACAACUGGAUGCCAUGUGGAGAACACUUAGCUGAACAAGGAAACCUUUCAAAUAGUGAGGAAGAGGUAAAUAUUCUCUAUCACUUUAUCCUGAAGGGCUUUUUCCCUUGGUCUAUUAGAAUUGUCCAUUUUAAACUACAGGAGCCUGGACAAUUAGCAAAAAACCAAGUAAACUUACCCACUUUCAUCUUUCCAUUCACUGGAACCUGCCAGGCUGUGCCAGUGACUGGUUCAGCCCCAUUAAGUAUUUCAGAUUCCUCAGUGCAGGAAAACCAGUGAGGUUUUCAGUGUUUCUUAAAUGUUAUAAAAAGCUAGUGGUCAGGCUGAAGGGGAUUCCUGAUGUGAAUUAGCCAGCGUCCCUAUUUUAUAGCCUGGUGUUAAGGAUUGCAAUAUCAUAUUCUCAGAUUAUUACAAGUGCAGUUGUGAGGUGAUGAGAGAAUAGCAUAGGACAAGGGUGGAGGCUUUAACCAGCUAGAUUAUAGUUCUGUUGGAGGAAGAGCUCAGUUGCGGAGUGCCAUAACCAGACAAUGUUCUCCUGUAGCUGAAUUGUGCUCAGGGAUUGUGCCUUGAGGAUGAAUAUUUGAAAUAAGGUGUCUUGGGUUUCCUAUACCCAUUUUCAUCUAUUACCAGUGCUUACUAUAUGUUGAUUUCCUUAAUUGUAACAAUUUCCCAGGCCAUGGCUUGCUUCUGAAGUCACUCUGGUUAAUAUGAUCUUGGUAAUUGUAGCAGGGGAAACUUAAAGUUUGAAGACACCAAGUGAUACCUGCUCAUUUUUCUCAUGUUUGCGGUAUUUGGUUCUGUAUUAACUGUUUCAAAGUAAUCUCUUUUCCCCUGUAUCUAAUAAAGUAAGUGAAUUACUCAACACUGAAAA